CCCUACAAGUGAGAGAUGUUGCCCAGCCUCAGGCUCUCCAGGGAUACUUUGAUACUCUGAGACAAAUCAUCUCCAAACUGAGGGAACUUGGAGUUGACACAGUGUGUGGACAGACUGUAUCUGAGCUGAUUGAUCUCCUCGGACUGCCUGACUUCUUAGAUGGAAUUGUUGCUACCUGCUAGAGGCUUCGUCUGCAAUGCCCUGAGCCUUCAAGUGAGAGAUGCUGCCCAGCCUCAAGCUCUCCAGGGAUACUUUGAUACUCUGAGACAAAUCAUCUAUAAACUCAAGGAACUCGGACACGACACAGUUUGCGGAUCAACUGUAUCUGAGCUGAUUGAACUCCUCGGACUGCCAGAUAUUUUGGACGGAAUUGUUGCUACUGCUAGAGGUUUCGUCUGCAGUGCCCUGAGCCUUCAAGUCAGAGAUGCUGCUCAGCCUCAAGCUCUCCAGGGAUACUUCGACACUCUGAGACAAAUCAUUUCUAAACUUAAGGAACUCGGACACGACACAGUUUGCGGAUCAACUGUAUCUGAGCUGAUUGAACUCCUCGGACUGCCUGACUUCUUAGAUGGAAUUGUUGCUACUGCUAGAGGUUUCGUCUGCAGUGCCCUGAGCCUUCAAGUCAGAGAUGCUGCUCAGCCUCAAGCUCUCCAGGGAUACUUCGACACUCUGAGACAAAUCAUUUCUAAACUUAAGGAACUCGGACACGACACAGUUUGCGGAUCAACUGUAUCUGAGCUGAUUGAACUCCUCGGACUGCCUGACUUCUUAGAUGGAAUUGUUGCUACUGCUAGAGGUUUCGUCUGCAGUGCCCUGAGCCUUCAAGUGAGAGAUGCUGCCCAGCCUCAAGCUCUCCAGGGAUACUUUGAUACUCUGAGACAAAUCAUCUCUAAACUAAGGGAACUUGGACACGAAACAGUUUGCGGACAGACCGUAUCUGAGCUGAUUGACCUUCUUGGAUUACCUAGCAUCUUGGACAGUGUUGUUGCUACCGCUAGAGGUUUCAUUUGCAGUGCCCUGAGCCUUCAAGUGAGAGAUGCUGCCCAGCCUCAAGCUCUUCAGGGAUACUUCGAUACUCUGAGACAAAUCAUCUCUAAACUUAGGGAACUCGGACACGACACAGUUUGCGGAUCAACUGUAUCUGAGCUGAUUGAACUCCUCGGACUGCCUGACUUCUUAGAUGGAAUUGUUGCUACCGCUAGAGGUUUCAUUUGCAGUGCCCUGAGCCUUCAAGUGAGAGAUGCUGCCCAGCCUCAAGCUCUCCAGGGAUACUUUGAUACUCUGAGACAAAUCAUCUAUAAACUCAAGGAACUCGGACACGACACAGUUUGCGGAUCAACUGUAUCUGAGCUGAUUGAACUCCUCGGACUGCCAGAUAUUUUGGACGGAAUUGUUGCUACUGCUAGAGGUUUCGUCUGCAGUGCUCUGAGCCUUCAAGUCAGAGAUGCUGCCCAGCCUCAAGCUCUUCAGGGAUACUUCGAUACUCUGAGACAAAUCAUCUUUAAACUCAAGGAAAUCGGUCACGAAACAGUUUGCGGACAGAGUACGACUGAGCUGCUCGAACUUCUCGGACUCCCUGACAUUCUUGCUGAUAUCGUGGCAACUGCACGAGGCUUUGUCUGCAGUGUUCUCAGUCUCGAGGCCAGAUCUGAUGUCCUACAGGGAGAUGGACUCUUUGCUAAAACUAUGGAGAUCUUCUAUAAACUUCUCGCGAUCGGUCAAGAGACAGUGUGCGGCGAAUCCGUUUCAGAACUUAUUGACUUGCUGGGACUUCCUUCUGGGCUAGAGAACGUGGUGGCCACUGCUCGUGGCUGGGUCUGCAGUAUCUAGAUAACAAACAGACUUCUUCCAUUUUCAUAAAGAGAUCCAAAUUUAUUAACUUAGAAAAAA